GGUCCGCGGCGGGAAGCGGGGCGCACGGGCGCGGUGCCGGGCGGCGGGGACGCAAGUUUGGACCCCCGCUCCCGGGCUGUGGGAGAGCAGGAGCAACAGGGUCCUUGAUUGGACGCGAGGAGAUCAUUUCCUGUGAAGGAGAGGAAGCCGGCGGCUGCCAGGCCUGGGGGCCCCGGGGUGGAGGUGGCCGGGCAGGCUUGCUGUGGGACGGUGAGCCCCAGCUUCCAAGCGAAGGCGCCGGCCAGCGGAACGAUGACUCAUUUACAGGCUGGCCUCUCCCCCGAGACCCUGGAGAAGGCCCGCCUGGAGCUGAACGAGAACCCCGACACCCUGCACCAGGACAUCCAGGAGGUGAGGGACAUGGUCAUCACCAGGCCGGACAUUGGCUUCCUGCGCACGGACGAUGCGUUCAUCUUACGCUUUUUGCGGGCCAGGAAGUUUCAUCACUUUGAGGCCUUCCGCCUCUUGGCCCAGUACUUUGAGUACCGGCAGCAGAACCUGGACAUGUUCAAAAGCUUCAAGGCCACCGACCCCGGCAUCAAGCAGGCCCUGAAGGACGGCUUCCCGGGGGGCCUGGCCAAUCUGGACCACUACGGCAGGAAGAUUCUAGUCCUUUUCGCGGCCAACUGGGAUCAAAGCAGGUACACACUGGUGGAUAUCCUGCGUGCCAUCUUACUUUCUUUAGAAGCCAUGAUCGAAGAUCCUGAGCUUCAAGUCAAUGGGUUUGUUUUGAUCAUAGACUGGAGUAACUUCACCUUCAAGCAAGCCUCCAAACUCACCCCCAGCAUGCUGCGGUUGGCUAUCGAAGGCCUGCAGGAUAGCUUCCCAGCACGAUUUGGAGGAAUCCACUUUGUCAACCAGCCAUGGUACAUCCAUGCCCUGUACACUGUGAUCCGGCCCUUCCUGAAGGAGAAGACUCGGAAAAGGAUAUUCUUACACGGGAACAACCUGAACAGUCUACACCAACUAAUUCACCCCGAGAUCCUGCCCUCGGAGUUUGGGGGGAUGCUGCCCCCCUACGACAUGGGAACGUGGGCGAGGACGCUGCUGGACCAUGAGUAUGAUGAUGACAGCGAGUACCCCGUGGGCUCCUACAGCACGCCGGUGAAGGAGGUGGAGAAGGAGCUGUCCCCCAAGUCCAUGAAGAGGUCCCAGUCUGUGGUGGACCCCAUGGUACUGAAGCGCAUGGACAAGCAUGAGGAAGAGAACAUGCAGCCUUUGCUUUCUCUGGACUGAUGACUUCUCCGCACGCACGGCUGGAGUCGAAGUGGAAGCUCCUGGUUUGCAGCUGCAGGGACAGCGCUGUAGAGAAGUCAGGAUGAGCUGGAAACUUAUUUAUUCCUAUUAAUGUAGCAGAAUAUGUCAUAAGGCACCUGGCUUUCCCAUUGGCCUGAACCGUGGGUGCCCUGGGCUGGAUUUUAAAAAAAGGUCAAUAAUUUAUUCUGUAAGUGCCAAGUUCUUUGUAAAUACAAUGUAAUUUCAUGUCAAGUUUGUAAAUUUUGGUAGUAACUGAAUUUGGGAAAGAUUGACAUAAAAGUUUGAGCCAGUGAUAUGAACUUAAGAAAAAGCAGAAAAUAUGCAUAAACUAUCAACACUGACUAAAUGUAGCCCUGUGUCCUAUGAAGCCAUAUUUCUGCUGUCAUAGUGAAUUGUUUCACACUUUUCCUCUGCAACUUCAUGGACGCAGGGAGCAAAACUGUUCUAGGAAAUGAUAAGGUGACCGUCACGGUCUGAUGUAGGGAUUUUCAUUUCAGAGAAGAGGUAUCCCCGGACUCUUGCAGGCUUUGCACUGGGGACCCAGAGGGUGGCAGAUGGGAAGGUGGAGGAAACACGCGAACUUGUUACUGCUGUUUAAUUCCCAGAGUCCUGUGGGCAGAUGCAUUUCCCAUGUAAGCUUUGGAAUUCUCAAAGAGUGGAUUCUUUCUGCACCGCUGUCUUCACAACCCUAAUGUAUUCUGUCUGACGUACUUUAAAAACAUUUCCCUCCAAAACUCUGUGAUCAAGGAAGUGAGAACUUAUAUGUGAACCGUGUUUUGACAGCCAAUUCUGAACGUAAAAUUUGCCACUUACAAAUAAGGGGCUAAUUUCUAAUUGUUGUGCACUUGCUAAAAAUACACAUAUUCACACACAGCAUACAUAUUUUUUAUUGUGCUCUAAUCCCUCAUGUACCAGGCUUAUAAAGUAAAUCAUACAUAUUAAAUGUUUUUAGAGACGUUAUAGAUAUUACAUGGGAUACCAGCUCUGGAAAACCACUGAAGUUAAUGAAAAUAAGAAACAAUGGAACAGACUUUAUUGUACCUGUUUAAGGGAAUUCCAACACACUUUAUAAUGUUAUCUUGAAUAUGUGCCACUUUAGUGAAAUAUAUUUUUCCUUAAAAUAAGCAACACAUCUCAAUAUAGUGUAGGUAUCAGGUGACAAUAAAAUAGUUUUUCUCAAAAUAAAUUCUAGUGUUUCCGUAUUUCACAUUUUCUUUUCAGAAAAGAUUCGAUAGAAUACAUUCCUCUGGAAGCAUUUUGAAAGCAUGUGAGGAUAUCUAAAAUAGAAGAGCUGUUAAAAGACAUGAAAUCUGUACAUUGUUUAAAGUUUUAUUCCAUGAAAUUCCACAAGUACAAGUUUUAAAUCCUAUUUUAAAUUUUAAAUCCCAGUGUGAAAAAGCAAGAUUUUAAUCAGCACAUGAAUUUUGAGAUUGAGAAUUUAGCAUGAACAUGUUCUUUGGGAAAAAAAUUCUCCAAGAAUUCUUGGAAACCAAAAAACAAAAAAGUAAAAGCCUAUAAAAGCUUUUGCAUACUUUUGGAUGAGAACUUCAAAGAUGCUGGUUAUAAAUGUGCAGCCAAAAAUCUUCCAAUCAGACCAGUAUUCCCUUCAGUGAUUCAGUGAAAUAGGUUUGUUAUAGUGCACAAAUCAAUAGGAAUAGAAGAUACUUUAAGAAUGGCAACUUCCCAUCAAGGGCAAAGAGGAGGCACUCUCUUCACUGUUACAGAGAUUCGAAACACUUGGGGGUUGAAAGUUGUUGCAGUUCUUAUAAGAACUAGUCAUUGAUAGACCUGAUGUUUGUGGCUAACCAGCAUGCAUACCAUGCUGGCUUUUUAUUCUACAUAACUGUGUGAUAAGCAAUGUGAUGCUUUGGAAUAAAAUAGAAACAAUUUAAGUACAGAAGGGAAAUUAGCUGUUUGUUCCCAUGAGUUUCUGUUGAUGUACAUCAUCUAUUGCCGGUUCUCAGAACCCUACCAGCUUCAGAUGUCAGCCAGCGUUAGACACUUCCUUCCCUCUGUCAUACAGUUAGUGUCAUACGUCAAAAUAACUAGUGUCGUUUACACUGUCUCCCUAACCCACUUCUUCACAUUUUGCAUUGGCAUUGCUGCGUGUCUGCUCUUUCUCAGAUGAGCAAUUGAGAAUUGGCUAGGUUGUGUAAAAUAUUUAAAAGUGAAUGAAAAAAUUAUGAUAAUAACUUUGAAAUUGCUGUCCCUAGUUCAGUCCAGCAAUGUUUUUGAAGCUGUGUCAUCAAGGGAUAUUCAUUCAACUUUAUAAUUUCACCCUCAGCACCAGCUAGCUAGCACUGUUCAGACAUUUUUCCCCUCUGUUGUUGAAUGACGUGGUAAAUGACCAUCCGUUUACAUUUUUUCCUUUAACUGCAAUAAUACAGUUCCACUCAUACACACACCCAGGACAUGUCUAAUGACUUUGCCUCUUUAUUUUGAGAGCUACACUUUACUUUUCCAGUUGUUACUUGAUAUUUGUGGAAAGAGUUACCACAUUGAUUUGGAAUAGUCCAUUAUUUCAUUUAUUACUUUCUGUUUUUCUCCAUCCCGGGGUCAAACCCAGGGCCUUGCGCAUGCCAGGCAAAGGCUUUACCGCAGUGAAUCUCUGUGUACAUCUCUCUCACCCUGCCUGCACCAGCUUCUAUUUCUCAUUUCUUUCUUUCAGUUGUUUUAGGGCAGCUGCUUCCGAAGCUGGUUUCAAAAUACCACCUCCCCCAUCAUGUUGUCAGUGAUAUUUGCACAGAUUUUUGAAUACUAUUUAAAAAAGAGAUUAUCAUUAAAUAUAUACUGAGAAAUAUGAAGAAGUGCCUCUUUGAAAAUGGAAUAAAGCAGUGAUACUGGCAUAUAGAUUUUAUCUGUGCUGUCUUCUAAAAAGUAUAUGCACCUGUAUUAUAAGGGUAAGAAGGGCAUUUGAGGGUUUGCUCUGAAAAUUAUCAUCCAGUAUUAAGUCUGUUGUGUAAAUUUGAUACAGUAACUUUAAUCCAUGCUAUUUACAAACCUAGCACUAUGCUAAUAUGAUGUACAAGUAUUGAAUAGUUUUCCAGCAAGUUUCUGAAAUGGGCAUGCAUGAUUUCUUUUAUUUCACUAAUAGCUUCAUAAAUGUAGGCAGAGGCAUUCUGUAAGUCUUUUCAUAUAAAGUGCUUGUUUACAGUAUUAAAAUUCAUACAUUCAUAAACAGAAAAGUCAAGCAAAUAGACUCUUCUUCAUAUUGUUAAACAUUUACAGUUUCGUUAAUAUUCCUGAGCAAACAGUUCUCUCUAUUGUAUCAAGAAGAUGGAGUGGUGUUUUAGACUUUGGGGAACAUAUUUUUGACUCCUCACUAAAGAAGCCUUUGGAGCCCAGGCAGCAGGUCCUCAGACCCAGGCUUCUGUUGCUUCUACAAACAACCUAAAGGUUUAUGGAAAGUCUGUGAUCCUUUGAAGAAGCUACAUCAAGAAAAUCUGCAGAGAGGCUGCACAUUCUUGUGUUGUUUUAUUUAAGGUCUACCUUGUUUGGUUGGUUAAUAAUGUCUCUUUCUUUUUUGUAUAUAUAUUUAUUAAUGAUUCAUUGAAAAGUUGCCAUCAGCCAUGGCAAUAUUCCAGAAAGAUUUUAACACAAAAUAAAAUGAGAAGAGUUCUGGUAUGGUGUCUGAAA